AAUGGAUGUGGAAAGUGAAAAAAUCGAUGCUAUUGAGGCAUGUCGAACGUGUGGUGUUUAUUAUAUGACCACUACCAACUAUUUGAGGCCACUAUUUCAAUCGGCUGUAGACUGUCCCGAAAUGAUGCAUAUACGCUUGGAAUUGGCUCAAUGGAAAAUAGAGAUAAGUGAACAUGACGGUUUGCCUCAAUAUAUGUGCAAUACAUGUAUACAUGAAUUCCUGAAAAUAUUUAAAUUCCGUUCGGCCUGCUUGGAAACCCAAGACCAGUUGCGUAUAUUCUAUAAUAUGCGUGAACAAAAUUUGGCCAACAUUAAAAUAAAGACUGAAGUUGUAGAUCCAGCAGAUGAAGCACCUGAGUGUAAUUUCAUAUAUGUCGAUGAUAUCAGCGAUGAUGAGUACAAUGAUAAUAUAACACCAUUUAAAGUUCCUCAUGUACCCAUAAAAGAGGAACUAAUCGAAGAAGCCAAUGUACCAUGUGAAAAUAUGAAAAAUCUGCAUGUCAGUAAAGAAUCCUCGUCGGAGAAUGUUGAAACAGCUCCUGUGGUCUAUGAGCAAGCCUAUGCAUUAGAGUCAGCUCAAGAAACACGCGAACCUUCUCCCACACCGGUUGAAUGCGAGCUGUGCCAACAUAUCUCGCCCAAUCAAGAUGAACAUAAACAACAUUUACAUCGGGUCCAUGAAGUUCGUGACAUUGAAUGCCAUAUUUGUGGUAAAGUUUUCAAAAAUUCCACAACAUCACGUUUUAAAUUCCAUCUCAAAUGGCACAACCUUAACAAGCAUGUCAAAUGUCCUCAGUGUGGUUUCGUGUGUAAUUCUCGGGCGGCGCUCAAGGAACAUCGUAGAGCCGUUCAUACGAAAAUCAGUUGUAAAAUAUGUGGAAAGGGUGUCUUGGGCAAAAAAAUGAAAAGUCAUUUGCGACAACAUGAAAUCCUCAACAAAAUUCGCUGUGAAUACUGCAAUGAAUCCUUCCAAACAAACGACGAAAAGGAGACUCAUAUAUGGCAAAUUCAUGCCCAGGAGGAUACUAAUGAAGCAGUCAAUCAACAACCAACCUAUGAUACCGAACAGCAUAAUUAUUCAAAUAUUCCCCAAGACAAUGAAAAUGACGAAGCGGGCGACGACGACCUUGAUGAUGAUGAUGAAAUAAUACAUGUUGAAUUAUUGUGUGCCCAUUGCGAUCAAAAAUUCAGUGAACAAAUUGAUCUUAUCGAACAUGUUAAGCUGGAACAUAGUUCGAAAUAUAAACAACAACAACAAUUUGUACCAUUUAUUAAACAAGAAAAAGACAAUGACGAUCAGGUGACCGAGCAGGAAGAUGAAAAUAAAAUAACAAGAUUUGAAGACUAUGAUGAAGAUGAUGGUGGGGGUUCACAAAAUGACAGUACACAAUAUGCUGAUCAAAGCCACGGUGAUAAUGCAAGAGCAGAGGAAGAGGACGCACAAGGGGGAGAGCAAAAUAAUACACAAUUUUCUAAUUAUCAUGAAGAAGAAGAACACUCAGAGAUUAAUGAUAAUAACAGCUAUGCUCAAACGGACACCACGAUGGAAGAAGAAUCUCAAAAUAACAUGGAAUACAGUUCAUCAUUUAAUGAAUCGGAUGCGGAAGCUUUUUCACAACAAACUAACAAUAAUGAUGACGAACUUCUGUCAUUUGCCUGUGCCAAGUGUCCACAAACCUUUGCCACAAUUGAACAGUUACGAAUGCACUAUCAACAACAUCAGCAGGAAAAGGAACAGCAAGACGACAACUCUCCAUCUAAAUCGAAAUUCAGCUGUGAUAUAUGUCACAAAGAAUUUGGACUAAAAUUCAGUUUAAAUCGUCAUAUGCGAAAGCAUGCAAAGCCAACUUCGUAG